AUGUUGCAUUUCAACGUCGUUGAGCAUACGGUGCCCUGUCACCACAUCCGGGAAAGGCCUGGCGAAGUAUACGAGCCCUUGUGGGAUGAUGUUUACGAAGAGAUGAGUGCUCUUAAAAGGAGAAUUCGAAGCAUCUGGAUCGCAGACGUCAGCCAUCAAGGGCAAAGUGGAGUAUUGAAUGAGCCGAGUUGGAUGGACCAUGCGAGAGAUUUGCUCGGCUUGAUUCACCGAUACCAGAGUGAUAUGCCUCACCCGAUCAUUGGCGUUGGCCACAGUAUGGGCGGAGUGCAGCUUGCUCAUCUUGCAUUGAUACAUCCGUCGCUCUUCCAAUCUCUUAUCCUUAUUGAACCCCCUCUCCGGAGAGAGAAUCCCAGCAAGAAAUACGCCUUGGGUUCAACCUACAGGCGUGAUCUCUGGCCAUCCCGCGAAGAUGCAAUCAAUAGGUUCCGGGCUAACAAAGUGUUCAAGGAUUUCGACGCACACGCGUUUGACGAUUUUGUGGAAUACGAACUUCGAGACCUACCGACUGAGUUGUAUCCGCGCUAUGAAAAUCACGGUACAACACCGGUGUCCUUAACAACCACAAAGGCCCAGGAGCUAUAUACCUACCUAUGGCCAACCUACCAAGAUGGAAAGGUUGGCCUUCGAGAGGGAGAAUGGCGGAGGGAAAUGCGCCCGGAAGAUCGAGAGGAAGGGCAUCCAUUCUACAGACCUGUCUUUUUGUUCCACCGUCUCCCCCAGCUACGACCUAGUGUGCUGUGUAUCUUUGGAGAGCGAUCCGAGAUCUCCACAACACCAGUCCGCCGGGAGAGGUUAGAAAUGACCGGAUCCGGUGUUGGAGGCAGUGGAGGGACGCAUCGAGGAAGGGUCAAGGAGGUUGUACUCCCCACAGGACAUUUGGUUCCCAUGGAGAAUGUAUGGGAGUGUGCUCGAGUAAGUGCUUCUUUCUCCCACUUCGAGUUGACUAGAUGGGAGACCGACCAACACGAAUUCAUUCAAGAAUGGAACGCAAAGCCUCGGGCGGACAAAAUUGUAGUUGACGAUAAAUGGAAAGAAAACAUUGGUUCCGUGGCUGGGAAACCAAGGAUAUAGAGACAUAAGAUUCCCUCGAAGUAAGAAUGUCAACGUGGAAAUGUGCACUAUAACAAGAUUUAUCGCAGUAACAGCUUAGUACACUGUUCAUUUGUUCAUUUAUAUUUUUAAAAACAUUCAUAAU